AAAUAAGUAAACAAACUCUUAAAGAAAAGCAACAAACAGAAAGUAGAUAGAAGAACACUGUACGAGGAAACGUGGAUCGCUUAGUAAUAAAAAUCGUUUCUUCUCUCAACAUCACUCCGGCGAUGACACUCAUCCUAGUGACCGGUAUGCCGGGUGUCGGCAAAACGACCAUAAUGUGCAAAGUGAGCGACGAGCUGGCGAAGCGUAACGUUCCCAUCGCCGGCUUCUACACGGAGGAGGUGCGCGAUCCUCGUGCCGGCGAUCGUACCGGGUUCGAUGUGGUCACGUUCGGAGGGCAAAGAGCACCGCUGGCAAGGAUUGCUUCGACCGGCACCAAAAACCCCACCGUUGGCCGGUAUUCCGUGUGCAUUGAGCAGUUCGAACGGCUUGCCCUGCCGGCGCUGGAUGAACGGCAGGCCAAAGCGGUACUGCUGCUGGAUGAGAUCGGUCGGAUGGAGCUCAAAUCACGUGCGUUUGUCGAGCGGAUGAACGCGAUCGUGAAGGAGGUCGGCACCGGCAGGCAACGGUUCGUGGCCACUGUACCCCUAAAAUCGUCCGGCAUCGAGCUGAUCGAGCGGCUGAAACGCAUCAACGGGUGUCAGAUUUUCCACGUGAAACCUUCGAACCGUGAGGAAAUGUACGGUCAAGUGCGGGAUGCUGUCUUCCGUUUGGUUGACUCCAAAUGAGCCUCGAGUAGAAAAGGGGACGAAAAAAGGCCUUCAACGUUUCAGUUCGGGAUUUCUGUAUUUUUGACGUCCACUAUUUCCGCGCGUGGUGUAAUUUUUCGUAUAAAUAAAAGGAUGGGGGUAUAGCAACAUAAUCAAACCCUGCCGGUCCUGUGUGUGUGUGUGACGUUCUUCCACA